CACUCUCCAACCAGCACCACCGUUCCUGGCAUUCUUCCCGAGCCACUUUCUGUGCGCCGCCGACGACGCUGUCGCGUUCGCUUUUGCAAGGGCCGCCGGCCAUGGCUGUGUCAUUGAGGGUCGAUCACGUUGUGCAGCUGCUCAAGGCGCUGCGGCAAGCUUCGUGUCGCUGUCCUGCUCAUUCCCAUGCGUACACUGCAACAGCAGAAGCAAGCAAGAGGCAGACAGAUUAUGCCUUUGAGAUGGCAUGCUCCAACAUUCGUUAUGGAGAAGGAGUGACGCAAGAGAUUGGCAUGGAUUUGCAGAACCUUGGAGCGCGCAAUGUGUGUGUGAUGACGGAUAAAAACCUGUCACGGCUACCUCCAGUGAGGGCAGUGCUCGAUUCUCUCGUGAGCAGCAAAAUCAACUUCAAGGUUUACGACGAUGUGCGUGUGGAGCCAACAGACACCAGCUUCAAGAAAGCCAUCGCAUUUGCACGCAGUGGUGAGUUCGAUGCUUACGUGGCUGUUGGCGGGGGCUCCGUCAUGGACACGUGCAAAGCCUCAAACCUGUACAGCGCCAGCCCUGAUGCCGAUUUCCUAGACUUUGUGAACGCCCCCAUUGGAAAGGGCAUGCCCGUCACCGCCACACUCAAACCUCUCAUUGCCGUGCCUACAACAGCUGGCACUGGCAGCGAGACGACAGGAGUGGCUAUUUUUGACUAUGAGCCACUGAAGGCUAAAACAGGCAUUGCAAGCAGAGCCAUGAAACCAACGCUGGGGCUGGUGGAUCCACUGCACACACUGCACAUGCCGGAGCGCGUUUGUGCUAACAGUGGAUUUGACGUUCUCUGCCAUGCGCUGGAGUCGUACACGGCUCUCCCCUACCACCAGCGCUCGCCGUGCCCUCCCAAUCCAAUCAACCGGCCCGCGUACCAAGGCAGUAACCCCAUCAGUGACGUGUGGUCAAUUCAUGCCCUGAAAAUCGUGGCCAAAUACAUGAAGAGGGCAGUGAGGCAGCAAGAUGACCUGGAGGCACGCUCCAGCAUGCACCUCGCCAGCGUGUUUGCAGGGAUCGGCUUUGGGAAUGCCGGCGUCCAUCUCUGUCACGGGAUGUCGUACCCCAUAGCUGGAAUGGUAAAACAUUACAGAGCAAAGGACUACAAUGUGGAUCACCCAAUUUUGCCUCACGGUCUCUCGGUGGUGCUGACCUCCCCUGCUGUCUUCACGUUCACCGCCGCCAUGUGCCCAGAGCGACAUCUCGAGGCAGCUGCAAUCCUUGGGGCGGACGUAAGCCAAGCCAAGCGAGCUGACGCGGGGUCCAUUCUUGCCGACACUCUGCGUGCGCUUUUGUUUGACCUCAACGUCGAGGAUGGCUUGAGCGCUGUGGGGUACUCGUCCCAGGACAUCCCCGCACUCGUCAAGGGAACCCUGCCCCAGGAACGAGUCACCAAGUUGUCUCCAAGGCCCCAAAAUGAAGAGGACCUGGCAGCGUUGUUUGAAGCAUCAAUGAGAAUUUACUGAGGAAGGAAGCUCCGACCAAAAUAAUGUUCUCGCACAGCAUCGGAUAUAUCUCACAUUUUGUUCAAACUAUACUGUAUUUUUAAAAACUAAUUGUAAUAGGCACACAUUUUCGGUGCUCGAAAUGCACGCUUGAUGCAAUAUUUUGUGCAGGUACUGCAUGGAGAGAAAUGAUUGGUAAGAAGACGCAGCACGUUCUAAUUUCAUUUGGAAGGGAUUUUUGAAUGAUUCCCACCCCCCCCCCCCCCCGUGAUUUUCAGAUGAUAUCCAGUCAAUGAGAAAUUCUUACAUAGCGCUUAAAAGUGUUUAUAAAUUCCAACUCUUUUUUUGAGGAACAGAAACUUGUCUAUUCUUAUCAGCAAGUCACUGCCAUAAUUAUACCAAAAAUAAUAAAUGUGUACUUACAGUCCGAAAAUGAAA